ACAGUGGCGCCACUGCUCGAUCGUACGGCGGAGCAGUGCAAAAGGUCCCAAUUUCUAUUUGGCUGACGCCGACGGGGUUUGGCUGGUUUUCUUUUUUUUCUUGUGCGCAGCUGACCAAUAACUUCGGAGGAGCGCUCGCUCUGACUGCGCCUGGAUUUUGCGGACGAAUGCACCACCGCACUUCUUACCUUAUUUAUGUUGCCAUCAAAAUUUUCGCAAGAAAUUGUCGGCGAGCAAAGUGGAUCACGUCGAAAAGUCGUGGUGGUGGAGUUUUGAAUAUGCCCGGUGCCCGCAAGGCUUUAUGGGCGAGUGCUGUGUGAUCGACGCUUGCAACUUGUUCGGUGCUGUGGCUCUGUGAGUGGUGUAUGUGUACGCCGAUGCCCGCAUGGAUUUGCGCCUAUGUACGGUGCCAAUAAGUACGGCGGUCUCAGGGGCAUAACUGCAAGGUCGGAGUCUGGGACCGUGCACCGGUGCAUCUUCGAGGUAUUUUGUUGCGCAAAAGGAAAGAAGUUGUGCGGUCUUCGCUGCGACGCGCUCAAAGGAUUCUUGUAACAGGCGCUGCUUUCUAGGAACAGGCAGCGUUGGCCCUCAGGCUGGUGGAAGAGGCUACAAGUACCGCAGCGAGGGAAGUGGGUUGCCUGACGGCGUCCGAAGAUGGGGCAUGCUCCCAGGCCGGCGGCUGUUCUUGCGAAGCCUCUUCUUUGACGCUUGGAUGCCGUGGCUCAGCCGCCAGGAGGUCGGAGCUGCCCCCAAUGGAUAGCCGCUAAAGCCGCUUCUCUCGACACGUAACAUGGCAUUAACAAUACGAUGACAAUGAUAAUGUUGCUGUCGCCAUUGCGGAGCUUACGGUGACAUCACAACAGGAGUUGAAGAUGUGGUACAGCACGCUACUCCUGGGCCUCUAUGUGUCACUCCUCAAACAACUGGCCGAAGCACACGAAUCGCACAUGAUAAGAUUCCACAAUUACACCGACAAGCAAAUUUUAGACUACUUAUUAGACCCUGUUCGUUACGACUUCAGACAUAGGCCUGAAGAGCAAACACAAGUGAACGUCAGCGUACUAUUAUUAACGUUAUCGUCGCCCGACGAAUCUAGCUUGAAAUACGAGAUUGAAUUCCUGCUGCAUCAGCGCUGGGAGGACGGGCGUCUUCGGUUCAUGGACGACGACAGCCGGAAGGGCCAUCUCAACGGCCUCUUACACCAGGACAAAGUUUGGAAGCCCGAUAUCUACUUCCUCAAGCACGGGGAAUUCAAGACACCCCUCACGCCCAUACACAUGAGCCUACGCCUUUAUCCCAAUGGCACGGUCGUCUACACUCUUAGGAGGCAUAUGACGCUCGUGUGUCAGGGAAACCUGAAGAUCUUCCCCUUCGACAAUCCCAAAUGCCCUUUUGCUGUUGAGAGCAUGUCACAUGAGGAAUCUCAACUGAAGAUCGACUGGUCACCGACGGAGCCGUCCAUAAACACGGCGACCUCCAUGCGCAGCCAUAACGCUUACCUUGCCAAAAAUGAAACCGGCUACUGCGACAAGAGGCAUACGUGGAGAGGUAACUACAGCUGCCUCCGUGUGCUCUUGGUGUUUACGCGAGAUAAAACCUUCUACAUCAGCACAGUGUUUGUUCCGGGCAUUGUGCUAGUAACGAGCUCCUUCAUCAGUUUCUGGCUGGAUAUUAAUGCUGUUCCGGCCCGUGUGAUGAUUGGUGUCACAACCAUGCUCAACUUUUGCACCACGACUAACAGUUUCCGUUCUACGCUGCCCGUGGUGUCCGGGCUGACAGCAAUGAACCUGUGGGACGGCGUGUGCAUGUUUUUCAUUUAUGCCUCAAUGUUGGAGUUCAUCAUCGUCAAUUACCUGUACCGCAACCUGGGAAGAGGAGGAGCUCAGCGGCAGCCGCCGGGCUCAAGACCCUCCUCUGCCGGGGGCACCGCCGAGCCCCGCAUCCCGCUUCUUUCCAGGCAGCACCGGGCCCAGGACUUCGAGAUGAUUCGAAAGAGAGGAAGGAUGCAAGCGUUGAUGCGUCGGGAUGGAGGUCAUCAUGAAGGUCACACAAGAGGAAUGAGUGCACGUGUUGCUGCCGGGAAGACACCGUUGCCGAAACCAUGGACCAUGCCUGGGUUUUCGGUACCGCUACUGAUGGCGCUGGUGCUGCUUGUGCGGUUGACUGGUGUGACGGCGCAAAACAUGGGCUGUGGAUACAAUCCGGCCUCCAAAGAUGGAGUUUCCUUCAAAAUUAUCGGUGGAGUAACAGCUAUCAAAGGAGAAUUCCCAUGGCAGAUGUCCAUACGACAAAAGAAGGCCGGAGGACUGGGCACCAAGCACUUUUGCGGCGGAGCACUUCUCAACGACCGCUGGGUUGUCACAGCAGCGCACUGCAUCGUAGACCAGAAGGGGACACGACUCGUGGCUUCCCAGUUAUACGUGAGGGCCGGAGAGCACGACGAGCACGUUGCUGAAGGCACAGAGAUUCAAGUGCGUGUGACGCACGUGUACGUGCACCCACAGUACACCCACCUCCACCGAGAUGUCGCCCUCCUUCGCUUGGCCAAGAGGCUGAAACUGUCCCGCUUCGUGCAGCCAGUUUGUCUCCCAGAUGCGAACGUCAAACUGCAUGUGGGUCUCAACUGUACCGUAUCUGGAUGGGGUAACACAAGAACCCAAGGUACAACGUCGUACAUAUUGAAUAAGCUUCCUGUACCUCUGCGUCCUCUACAAGACUGCGAACGGGUGUACGGGCCAAUCUUCAACACGCCCAUUCACCAGUGGCACCUCUGCGGUGGAAGACCCGAAGGAAACAAAGGCGUCUGCUACGGUGAUUCUGGCGGUCCUUACCAGUGCGAGAUGGAGAAUGGGCGCUGGUACGUCAUGGGCCUCGCUUCAUUCGGCUCCGGCUGUGCUAAGGGCAACUACCCGGAUGUCUACACACGUGUGCCGUACUUCGUCGACUGGAUCCGAUCCACCAUACAGAACCACAGAUCUACAAAUAGCCGCCGCAGGUCGCCCAUCUUACAGGACACCAUACCCACUAUGCAGCCGCCGCUCCAGCCAAUAUGGCAGCCCGGGAAUUGGAUUUCGUUCCUACCUUUCUUCCCUAGUAGACACCAAUCCCUGGUUAUCGUUUCUCCUGCUGUCAAGCGGAAAUAGCUCAAACCGUAAUGACGAAUUCAACGUGCACAAAAUUUAGUUGUCUGAUUUAUAACACAAAAUUCGCUAUAAAACCGCUAUGACCUACAGUGGUGGGGUCGUGGAUCUUGAUGCGCAAUAUUCACGUAAGGUAGGAUGCCAGCAUCUACUAGGUUACAAGGUCUCAGCGUUGAAAACCACUCUGCAUGAAAACGAGGGGAAGGCAUCAUAUAGUCUCUUAUACCAUGUUUCACCAACGCGUUCUAGGACGAGGAAUACCUUCUCUCCCUUCUUUGUUACGUAGGCACGUACAGCAGGGCUACUGUCUGCUACAGCCAGGCGCCGCAGACGUUUUGAAGCACAGUGGCGCUCUGCCACGUACUGGUUCAUGCCAGAGCUGCGACAUACUGGUUCAUAGAAACAUCGUGCAUAUGCCUUGGGCUUAUGUCAUUGCAAACGUCAACAUUGCAAACGCCCAUAAAAAUGGCGACCCCCAUGACGACGGCUAAGCUGUUUGUGAACAAUGCGAGUCACGUUUGUGUGCGCCAUUUUGUAAUGUAUUGAGACCUCAGUAAUUAGUUUUAUUCAAUAUUAUUGCAGCAAAACAGAUAAAUCCGCAACUAUUGCCUCGUACCACUGACCUCAACCAAUGAUGCGAAACAGACUUCGGAAGGAUAGAGUUACAUGUCGAAUAAUUUGCACCAACGAAAUAUGCUCAUCCAGUCGUUUUGCGCUGGAAGCGAACUGUCGGCAAGCGACAAAACUGAUUAUAAACAAUUCAUUCUUGACUGUCGCAGUUAACAUCCACGGACUAAACGAAUGAAACGAAAUUUGCUGACGAGGUGGUGUCCAGUUGUUCGAUUUGUCCUUGUCCUUGCUCUGAAAGACAAGGACGAAUGAUAGCCAACAGGUUAAUGAACAACAUCACGUGAAGUCAAACAGGGAAUUUUGCCACAAAAGCGACGGCUCGAGGUUGGUUACAAAAAUAGCGAGUGCGGGGCAUCCCUGUGAUUUCAAAGACGAAGCUUGUGGCUUCCAGUGGUUGUCCAUGCAGCUGGUGGUGGAUCGUUCCCAGGGAUACUGCCGCUGAAGGCAACGGCUGUGAUUGGCCGGGCUUUCCUGUACACAGCAUAUCCCACCACCACAACCACGAUUAUUAGCGUCCUCGAUAAACUUGCAUCGGAACUGCCCCAAAACCACCGCGGUGCGUGGCGCUCUACACUGGCGGUGCCCUGGGCGGAGGCAUUAUCGAAUAUGAAACUGCACCGCACUGAUGGAUCUGGUGGAUACUAGCGUGCGCCGCCUUGCGAUCUGUACUACUUGUGGCUCGUAGGUUGCGCAACACGUAGCGAGCGGCACCGAACGACCUGACGAUGGUUGUCUGCUGCUGCUUGCCCGGCUAGACCUGUGUUCCCGGCCGUGUUCCCGGCAAUCGCGAUGCUUCUUGGGAUUGCGCUCUGGCGCUCGGUCGGUUUUCUCGUUGUGGGUCCGGGGCAACUCAGUGCUGCACUGAACGGAUGCACUCUUUUAAUCGAGGACGUUAAGUGCGCACCAGUGCAGUUUGUCGAGGACGGCAAGCCGCACCAGUUCGCACCGGGGCGCAGCGGUACAGUUUACGGAGGACGCUAUAUGCCUCCUUCGGACUAGAUGGCGUUGAGUGAAUCCAGGAAAGUGACCGUGAUAAAACGCUGACAGGGGUGUCGUCACUAUAACAAGCCAUUGCUACUUAUGUCAGUCGCCAACGGCUGCAGUGCAGAAUAACAGUAAGCAUGCAGCGUAGUCUGCGCAGCAGCAGCAGCAGCUCUUCUGAGGGGGUCGCGCUCAGACCUUGUAAUCUAAGUGGCGUUGAUGACGCUUAGGGCCCUAUUCUUAAACGAUCCUCGACUCGACCCUCCUCUCGGUGUGCUUCUCGACACCGGCUUUGUGCUUCAGAAAUCGAUCUUGACUCGAAACGUCCCCCGAACGGAAAGAAUCCUUUACGCUUCCGUGGAGUCCUACACGGUAGCGCCGGGAUUCCCUCGACGUCCAUUGGCCCCUCAAGUGGAAGUGCUUCCUUUUCUAUUAUUAUUAUUAUUAUUAUUAUUCCAUGUUAGCGCCGUAAAGGACGUAGCUGUGGCUAUGAGCGGACGUGGACAGAUGGAGAGAGGGCAGCAGGAAGGAGUGAGUGGACAGGGAGGAAAAGAGCGUUUCUUUUCAGCGCUCACUGGCGUCGAGGUCGGGUGUCGACUCGGAAUAUCGCUUAAGAACACGGCCGUCAGACACCUCCACAUGGACCAGAAGGUAUUCCAACUUCAACGAGCAAUCCCAGAGCAAUGCUUGCAAAAAAAAAACAAAAAAAAAACGGAGUGGUCAGGACAAAUUAAUUCGAAUUAAUGCGACAAUCUCUCCCAGGCACUGCAGUAAGCACUAAAAAUGCUCCCAUUUGCUGGGAAUGCAGCCUUCUUCGUCUUCUGCUAGCGUCACCGCGCAUCCGUAUCCGCUGGUUAACACGGAGUGUUCUAUACAGCUGAAAAAAAAAAAUCGUUGGCCACGUGAAUGUGAAUAAGGACCAUCAGGAGCUCCUGUUCGGGGCUAAACACAAACAAGACUCUUCAGAGUGCUCUUUCGUUGCAUGUCCGUCGCUUUUUAGGCAGGCUGUCUUUCUGCGCAAGCUGUGAUUCAUAUAAGAGUGAGAAAAGAAUGUCUUUCACUGAAAGCAGAAAAAAAUAACCUAUGCGUUCUGUUUUCUUUGGUUCCUCUACAACCAUGUCGAUAUGCUUUUUUGACCAAUUAAAUAUUGCUUUUGUUGUGCUGACGA